UACGUUGGUGUCUUUGCCCUUCCCGCUGACGCCGUUGAUUGGCACCACGACAUUAGCACACGAUGGGCACGUAACUUGGACGUGGGGGACGUGACUUGAAAGGCCAGCAUCAGGAAGGUCUCCUUUGGAGAGAGACGUAGAGAUUUGGGCUUGUUGAGCGCGGAGAACAGAAGGCUCUGGGGAGGCCGCGUGGCUGCCUUUCGGAACGCGGGGCCUCAAAGAUCACCUAGUUCCAACCGCCUGCAGCGGCCAACAGCGAGCUCAGGCUCUAGGUCAGGUUGCUGAGGGUGCCACCCAGGCUGAACUGGAACACCCGUCGGGACGGGGCGUGCACAGCGUCUGUGUGUGGGCAGCCUGUGCCAGCACCUCACCACUGGGCUGUAAGCAGCCCAGUGCCCGCUGCACACCGAUGUUGGGUUGCUGUGAGCAAUGGGUGCCCGCCCGGGGCCGGGCCGCUCGGCGGGGCAGGGGGCGGCAGCGGGGCAGGCUGGGCCAGGCUGCGGGUUGGACGCGCGUGGAAGAGGAGAUCCCCUCUCCCUGCCGGUGACCUAACAGAGCUCCAGGUGACGCGGGCUGAUGUCACAAUGGGAUGCACUGCAUCACAAGGAUGUGUUUCCUGGGGCAGCGGCAGUGCCGGCACUUCCCUGCAAGGCCUGGGCGCUGCUGGAGCACUGCUCAGGGGCUCUGUCCUUCUGUGGCCAGGAGUCAGGUCAGGGGCAGCAAGGCUGCACCGGGCGACCCUCGGUGACGCGUGGAGGAGCAGGGGCACUUUGCAGAGAACUGUUGGUUGAGGAGCCAGGGAGGGCAUCCUUAGCUGCGAGCCGAGGGCUGCCGGCAAGCGACAUGGAAGGCUGCUGGACUGUGACCAUCAGCUCGGAGCUGGUCUACACGUUCCCAACGCUCCUGCAUCUCUCUGCCGAAGAGAUUGUGGCGAUCUGGGAUGCUGUGUCUGAUUACAUCCUGGAACAGAUGAAGCUGGACAAGGGAGUCCUGGUCCCGGGACUCGGGCUCUUUGCUGCGGUCCGAGAGCAAUUCCACAGCAAAGAAGUGGCGGUGUCGGUCCGAAGACCUGUCUUCCAGCUGGACAUCGGGGUGCUGUGGCUGCAGGACCUCCAGUCGCCCACCGACAUCAUCCCCGACGAUGUCAAGAUUGAGCGGCUGAACUACCGGCAGCUCUCGCGAGCCACCGGCAUCUCGCUGCACGUGGUGCAGCGCUGCGUGCGAGAGACCGUCCUCUUGUACUGUCACCUCCUGAGGAACAAGGCGCACGUCUCAUUCGCCUUCAAGAACAUCGGCGUUAUGACAUACGAGGACGACUUCCUCUGCAUGAGGUUCUUGUCCAGCUGCAUUACAACGCUGGAGAGCAAUGCCAGCCUGACUGCACUGCUCCACACUAGAAUUUGGCCGGCCCGUUCUGCUGACUUCGGGUCAGAGACUACCGCUCAUGGAAUCCAGGUGUUGCCGAGGUUUCAGCUCGCUGUGAAAAAGAGCAGAGCAGAGGCCGCCGCAGAAAGGAACGCUGCAGUGGCGCGGAAGAUGAGUAGAGGGGGCACUGCCGGCAGGCUGCUACAGAAGCGGAAGACACUUCCCCCCUCCAUGCUGCUGCAAUACCAGGCAGGCUCAAGGCAGCAAGAUGUGGCAAAGAAGCCUUCUGCCAGCGUGCUCCCGCCGUGUGCAGGCAGCUCCCACGGGAGAAAGCAAGCAGGACAGAAGGAACCAUCUACUCCUGCCCAGACCAGCACUGCACUCCCUGCGACAGAGGACUCUAAGAGAGUGCUGCAGGAGCUCCGGGAAGUGUCUGCCCUGUGGAAUGAAGCAGACCGCACGUGGCCCGUGUACCAGCAGCAGGUAGAGCAAACGCGGGCAGAAAGAGCGGCAUGGGAAGGCUGGAGUGCAGGGGAGGACCAGCCUCCACUGCAGCGGUUUGCCAGUGCGAGCGUGUGGGCUCCGCGUCCUCCAGCCCAGCCCCGGGGACAGCAAGUGAGGAGGAGGUGGAGGAAGGAUGUGGAUCCUCCGCCGGGAAGUAAAAUGGGAACAGCGACCAAGCUGGCACUGCAUGCCGACCUCCUCUCCCCGCGAGCAGCUCAGGUGCUCCAAAGGUUGGAGCCCCACCUCCAUCAGCAAGAGGCUUUUGCUGACACCGCGGAAAGAAACCGGCAGAAGCUGGAGCUGAAGCGGCAGCUCCCCUGUGCUCGAUGCUCGUACCGCUCCAGAGGGGAAGGUGCUGGCAACAGUGCUGGAGCUGUCGGCAAGGGGGCUGGGAAGCUGUCCGGAUUUCCACCUGUGAAUGGCAAAUCGUAGAAUCAAAGACUUGUAGAAUGGCCUGGGUUGAAAAGGACC